AUGGCGAUAGCAACGAGACGAACCCUGUUGCUAUACGUCAACCACAUCAGAGUCAGCUCCAACGCCCAUACUUUUCUACCCCACACACCUACCAUCCGCCAAUCAGAAUCAAUAGCCAGACCUUGGAUUGCUCGACAACGGGACAUUCGAUAUUUUACAACUUCAUCCUCGAAAUGGCGGGAAGUACUUUCGCAACAAGAGAUCGGAAACUCACAGCAGCCCGUAAUCGAUCGAACGAGAUCCAAAUUGUUCAAAGACGCAGAUGAAGCCGUUGCAGAUUUAAAGUCUGGCUCCACAAUUCUCAGUGCCGGCUUUGGACUCUGCGGUACCGCUGAAACAAUCAUCCACGCAAUCUAUAAGCGAGGCAUUGACUCUAUAAACAAUCUUACAGCUAUAUCCAAUAACGCUGGUGCAUCAGGUGACGGUGGCCUGUCCCCUUUGACGCGCUCAGGCCAAAUAACAAGAUGCAUCCUGUCUUACUUGGGUAAUAACAAGCCUUUGGAGCAGAAAUACUUGUCUGGCAAUAUUGCAAUUGAACUAUGUCCGCAGGGGACGUUGGCUGAGCGCCUUCGUGCAGGUGGGUCAGGUAUUCCUGCGUUUUAUACGCCGACUGGAGUUCAUACAUACAUCCAAACUGGCGAGAUACCCACGCGAUUAGGACCUGUAGAUCCAGAGACCAAAAAAUCCAAUGUAUUAGAACCAGGCCGGCCGCGGGAGACGAGGAUUUUCAAUGGGAGGACUUAUGUGAUGGAAACCGCGUUGACAGGGGACGUGGCGAUUCUGAGAGCGUGGAAGGUCGAUGGAGCUGGGAAUUGUCAGUUCAGAUACACAACCAAAGCCUUCGGACCCGUCAUGGCCAAAGCAGCACGCCUCACCAUUGUGGAAGCCGAGAAUAUCGUGCCAACCGGCUCCAUGGAUCCCAAUGACAUCCAUUUACCAGGAAUCUUUGUCGACCGCAUCGUUCCUGCCACGGUCGACAAGAAACUUGAAAUCAAGAAAACACGACCCGCAAAUAGCGAAUUCGACACCGGCAACACACCGAAUUCGGCCUCGACGAAAUCUGAUGCCCUCAUCCGCCGCGACCGCAUCGCCCGCCGCGCCGCCAAAGAACUCCAGCACGGCAUGUACGUGAACUUGGGAGUCGGAAUGCCCACACUCGCACCCUCCUUUUUACCAGAAGAUGUCAAGGUCUGGAUCCAAUCCGAAAACGGUAUCCUCGGCAUGGGUCCCUACCCUCUCGAAUCCGAAGUGGACCCGGAUAUUGUCAACGCCGGCAAAGAAACAGUCACGCUCGUUCCUGGCGCAAGCACAUUCGAUUCCUCCGAGUCCUUCGGCAUGAUUCGCGGCGGACACGUCGAUGUGUCGAUUUUGGGAGCACUGCAGGUGAGUGCUGCGGGUGAUCUGGCCAAUUAUAUGAUCCCCGGCAAAGUGUUUAAGGGGAUGGGCGGGGCGAUGGAUUUGGUGUCAAAUCCGGGAAAGACCAAGAUUGUCGUCACAACGGAUCAUGUGGAUAAGUUUGGGAAACCGAAGAUUGUAGAGAAGUGUGAGUUGCCGGUGACCGGAGCGAGGGUCGUCAGUACGAUUAUUACGGAUUUGUGUGUGUUUCAGGUCGACAGGCAGAAAGGGGUACUGACGUUGACCGAGGUGGCGCCAGGGGUGACGGUGGAUGAGGUCAAGGCGAAGACCGGGGCGAAGUUUGCGAUUGCUGAGGAUAGAAUGAGGGGUCAUAUACUAGAGGUUAAGCAGACUCCGGCCGACGGAUAG